AACGAUACAAUAAACAUCCUUGUGCGUAUAUAUUUGUACACAUAUGCAGGCAUCCCUACAAGUAAAAUUUCAGUAUGUGAAAUUUCUGGAUUGAGGAGUAUAUACAUUUUUUAUUUCCAAAUAAAUACAAGUACAUUCUUACCAAUGAUUCAAGAGAGUGCCUUUCCCCCACAGUGUUGUCAACAUAGUGUAUUCUAAAAAUCUGACACCAGCAUUUGUUAAGUGCCCACCCUGUUCUCACCCUUUGCAUAGAUUCUCUUAUCAGAUGUAAGUUUAUUCACAGAAGAAGAAACUGGACUUCAUGGAGAUCCGGGAAAUUGCCCAAAGACAGGUUUCUGUGACUCUGAGUCUCCAAUCUCCCCUAUUCUCUGUGUUGAACAUCUUUCCCCACCAGGCUCACUGUUGACAUGCCAGUGCAGGAAGAGGGUGAAGGUUCCCACAGAGCCCAUCAGUUUAGGACGCACCAGCAGCAUUGCUCUUUUGUAUCCCUGUUUCUUGUUCUAUCCCCAGAAGAUUUGCUCAUUCUGUGCUGCCCAAGGAUUACUUAGCCUGACGACCCAUUUAAUGAUACCUGACACUGAUAUAAAAGCUGCCUAAAGACAAAUAUAACUGUGUACUCAGUCCAGUUUAUAAUACCUUUCCUGGUGCUACGGUUUCCGGGGACAUUUCACGAUGUCAAAGCAGGGACCACCUGUAUUCCAGAAUCAGCUUUCCUGGUGUUUCACUGGGGAAGUAAAGAAAAAGUGUCCCUUUGAAAAAAAUAGCUUUCAUCUCUCAGUCUAUCUGAGAUCUAAAGCAGUAAGUCUAGUAGGUCUCUCUCUCUAUGCCUUUGAAACCGCCUAUAGUGACACGUAUUCCUCUGAGGUGCCGAGAGAACGUGCCAUGAGACGUUGCCGGUGAUGGUUACACUCAGCUAGCAGAAGUUUAGGAAUUGGUUAAACCUUUGGAGAAAUUGUCUUGGGUAAAAGAGGGAAUAAAAGUACACAGAGUACUAUGAGACACAGAGAUUGCCAGCUAGGAGUAGGGAGAGAGGUGGAGGGAGCAGGAGGAGUGGAAGGGAGGGAGGGAGAGAGAACAGAGAGUAGGAGGUAGGGAGACUGGUAGAGAAUAAACCGUGCACUUAGGAGAACAGCGGGAAGGGAGGCUUGGAAGCGUGGUUUCCGGCUUUAAAUGCCCACCUGCCGUCUUGCUGGUGGGGUUCCGUGAGGAUGUGGGCGGAGGGCGAGUCCGAAGGGCUCCAAACCCUGGGCAUAGUGGUGGUCGUGUGCUCCUCUCUGAAACUUUUGCACUACCUCGGGCUGAUUGACUUGUCAGACGAUAAGAUCGAAGACGAGCUGGAGAUGACCAUGGUUUGCCAUCGACCUGAGGGGCUGGAGCAGCUCGAGGCCCAGACCAACUUCACUAAGAGGGAGCUGCAAGUCCUUUAUCGAGGCUUCAAAAACGAGUGCCCGAGCGGUGUGGUCAACGAGGAAACAUUCAAGCAGAUCUAUGCUCAGUUCUUCCCUCAUGGAGACGCCAGCACCUACGCCCAUUACCUCUUCAACGCCUUCGACACCACCCAGACGGGCUCCGUGAAGUUCGAGGACUUUGUAACCGCUCUGUCGAUUUUACUGAGAGGAACCGUCCACGAGAAGCUAAGGUGGACGUUUAAUUUGUAUGACAUCAAUAAAGAUGGAUACAUAAACAAAGAGGAGAUGAUGGACAUUGUCAAAGCCAUCUACGACAUGAUGGGAAAGUACACAUAUCCUGUGCUCAAAGAAGACACUCCAAGGCAGCACGUGGACGUGUUCUUUCAGAAAAUGGACAAAAAUAAAGAUGGCAUCGUGACUUUAGAUGAAUUUCUUGAAUCAUGUCAGGAGGAUGACAACAUCAUGAGGUCUCUCCAGCUGUUCCAAAAUGUUAUGUAACUGGUGACACUCAGCCAUUCAGCUCUCAGAGACAUUUUGCUAAAAGACCACCUUAACACCCUGAUCUGCCCUUGUUCUGAUUUUACACACCAACUCUUGGGACAGAAAUAUCUUUUACACUUUGGAAGAAUUCUCUGCUGAAGACUUUCUAUGGAACCCAGCAUCACAGGGCUGUCUCUGAUUGCCAGCUCUUCCUCUUCCUUCUUGAGAGAGACAAGAUGAAAUUUGAGUUUGUUUUGGAAGCAUGCUCAUCUCUUCACACUGCUGCCCUAUGGAAGGUCCCUCUGCUUGAGCUUAAACAGUAGUGCACAAUUUUUUGCUUCCAUGACCCCAGCCCACUGCCUCCAAGUUGAGUAGAGCUUGAUGAAUCUGGAAGCAAGAAGACCUGAGCCAAGUGCACACCAUUCUCAGAUGGCCUCCCAAACCAAUGUGCCUGUGUCUCUUCCUUUGGUGGGAAGAAUGAGUGUUAUACAGAACAAUUAGAAUCUACCAUGACUAGAUUGGGAGAGCCAGAACCUAACACAUGUGCGAAAGGACUGAAUUAUUAAGCAUGGCAUUGUCUGAUGACCCAAACUGCCCAUGUCAUUUGUAUCCAGAGACAAGGACCAAUAGUUCUCUCACAACUAACAUCUGUGCUGGUAGUACAAGUCCCUUAACCUGCCCAGGAAGGGAGCCAUUGCCCAGUGGUCCCUACCUCCACUCCAUCCCCUGCUUGAGCCCAGCACUGCAUGUCCGUCCCUCCCCCAAAGUCCAGAAUGCCUGCAAAUUGCUGUAAUUUUAUACCAUGUUCUAAUCAAUAAACAGAACUAUUUCUUACACUCUCAA